AUGUCAUUGGGCUUGUAUGGUAGAUGUAUCCACAAUUUCCGCUUGGAAAUACUGCCAGAUGGGACUGUUUCUACAAUGGUUGCGCCUGAAACUGCUCUUGAAUCAUCAUCCAAUAACUCGGAAACUGCGCCUAUAUUGACAGAUAGAGGAAUUGGAAGUAGAUAUUUUGUCGAUAUGUCCACCAUAGUUUGUCGGUUUUGCAGACGCCAAGGACAUAUGUUUAAAGAUUGCAAAGAAAAGGAAACUAGAUGUCAUUUAUGUCGAGAAGAUCACGAUCCACUCAAGUGUCCACUUGCAGAUCUUUGCUACAUAUGCUUUCAACGAGGCCAUCAACGAGGACAAUGCCCAACUUCUGGUAUUCGCAAAUACUGCGUAUGUUGCACAUCAUCAGGACAUUCUACACGGGAUACACAUCGUCGUACACGUGAAAUCAAAGCGUUUUGCUACAUGUGUGGAGAAGAGGGGCACUUUGGAGACAACUGUACGUAUGGUAGAUCUACAUUCCGAUCAUCAGCAUUUCAUAAAAGUGCACCACGAGAAUAUGUACGGCAAGGGCGAUCUCGAUCGCCUCUAUCACGGACUUCACCUUCAUAUCGAGCCACUGGUUUAAGCAAUGAAGAUGACGGAUAUGAAAAAUCUCAUCGAACACACGGCAGCACUGGACAACAGAGCCCACGUGGAAAUCAAGAAUCGCAUAAUAGAGGGCGUAAUACUGGGAAUCGUUACAAUAGCGGAAGCAGUAGUAAUAGAAAUGGAAAUGGCGAUAGAGGCUUUUAUGAUAGUGGUUCGAGUGGUAACCAUAACCGAUUUAAUGUGCGUGAUCGGCGUCCUUACAACACCCCGUCUUGA